AUGGCUUCUCAAAAUGCAGAGUCUGCGGAAUUGAAGCAACAAGGAGCUAUCGAGACCGCCCAGGCUGCCUCUCAAGAUCCCCAAUCGCACAUCCAACCGGAAACAGUCGAGAAAAAACUGGUUGAAGAGACCCGGAAAGCGGGUCUACCAGCUUACCAAUUCAACCCAGACGCAUCACCCCAAGAAAAGGCCGCCGAAGCUGAAUCUUGCGUUCCCCCGGGAUUUCACCGUGACCGGGAACCGAAGGCAAUCGGCGUGAUCACAGACAAGGACGAUGGCACUCCCGCCCCGUAUGAUCUUCCUCCACCGAAAUCCGCAACCACGUUGCUUGAUGAAAAAUCCCAAGAACCUGCAGCAGACAAGAAAGAGGAGGAGGUUGAUGAUGAGCAGCGUUGGGCGCGCGACCGGACGGGCUGGGCUCCACGGUUCGUUCAUGAGGAAACUCAAGAAGAGCACGAUGAAGCAACAUUGUUGGACCAUCAGACCUUCUUGGAGGCCAAACUGGACGAGAAGUUCUUUGGCGAUUGGUAUCACAAUGCCGGCGUCAUUGUUUUUGCAUGCUUAUCAUCAUGGAUUGUCGCCGUUCUAGGCGGUGGACUGGCUUGGGUCUUCAUUAUCAUGGCCGCCUGUGGCACCUAUUAUCGAACCUCUAUCCGGCGAGUUCGGCGAAACUUCCGCGAUGACGUUAACCGCGAGAUGGCGAAGCAACGCCUGGAAACCGAUACCGAGAGCUUGGAGUGGAUCAACAGUUUCCUUGUCAAGUUUUGGCCCAUUUAUGCGCCAGUGAUGUGCGACACGAUCAUCAAUUCCGUUGAUCAGGUGCUCAGCACAGCAACCCCAGCAUUCCUGGACAGCCUACGAUUGAAGACAUUUAUCCUAGGCAGCAAACCGCCUCGAUUGGAGCACGUCAAGACCUAUCCUAAGACCGAAGUUGACACUGUCAUCAUGGACUGGAAAUUCAGCUUCACACCUAACGAUACCAUGGAUUUGACCGCCCGCCAGGUCAAAGACAAGAUCAACCCCAAAGUUGUCUUGGAAGUCCGUGUUGGUAAAGGCGUCGUCAGCAAGGGUCUCGAUGUGAUUGUUGAGGACAUGGCUUGCAGCGGUCUUAUGAGAGUCAAGGUGAAGCUUCAGAUUCCCUUCCCACAUAUUGAACGGGUUGAUGUCUGCUUUUUGGGACGGCCGGAACUUGACUAUGUUUGCAAGCCUCUCGGUGGCGAUACCCUCGGGUUCGAUAUCAACUUCAUCCCUGGUCUGGAGAGCUUUAUCAAAGAACAGAUCCACGCCAAUCUUGGUCCGAUGAUGUAUGAGCCCAACGUUUUCCCGAUUGAGAUUGCCAAGAUGCUUGCUGGAAACGCUGUUGAUCAGGCAAUCGGUGUUGUUGCCGUAACUCUUCACGGCGCGCGCCAGCUAAAGAACCCUGACAAGUUCGCUGGUACUCCUGACCCUUAUGCAGUGGUAUCUCUGAACAACCGGACCGAAGUUGGCCGCACUAAGACGAUACAAGAUACGGAUAGCCCAAGAUGGAACGAGACUAUCUACGUGAUUAUCACCUCCUUCACUGACACUUUGACUAUCCAACCUUACGAUUGGAACGAAUUCCGGAAGGACAAGGAGCUGGGAACCGCAACUUUCGCCCUGGACAAGCUUGAGCAAGAGCCCGAGCAUGAAAGUGUAUACCUCGAAGUCUUGGCAAGCGGCCGAUCCCGGGGUUCUAUCCACGCAGAUAUUCGAUUCUUCCCCGUUUUGGAGGGUAGAAAAUUGGAGAACGGUGAGACUGAACCGCCUCCAGAGCUGAACACUGGUAUCGCUCGAUUCACAGUCGAACAAGCCAAGGACCUGGACGGAAGUAGGAGCUUGGUUGGGCAACUGAACCCAUACGGCGUUCUUCUACUCAACGGCAAAGAAAUCCACAUAACCAACAAACUCAAGCGAACGAACAACCCUAUCUUCCAAAAUGCCUCGAAAGAGUUUUUGGUCACUGAUCGUAAGACUGCCCGGCUUGGUCUGGUGAUCAAGGACGACCGGGAUCUAGUCAAGGACCCCAUCCUCGGUUCCUAUCAGAUCAAGAUGAAUGACAUGCUCAAAAUGAUGGAGAAAGGCCACCAGUGGUUCCAUCUCCACGGUGCUAAGUCUGGACGUGCCAAACUGGUCUUGGAUUGGAAGCCCGUUGCGGUGGGAGGCAUUGCAGGAAGCGCCGGCUACGUCGAUCCAAUUGGAGUUAUGCGAAUCCACUUCAAGGACGCAGCGGAUCUGCGCAACCUUGAGAAGAUGGGCAAGUCUGAUCCUUAUGCUCGAGUGCUGCUGGCUGGCUACAUGAAGGGCCGCACAGUUACCUUUAGGAACAACCUCAACCCUGAUUGGGAUGAAGUCGUGUACGUUCCGAUUCACAGUGCUCGCGAGAAGCUCACCUUGGAAGUCAUGGAUGAGGAGUCUGUUGGAAGUGAUCGGUCACUUGGCUCGGUGGAGCUCUCUGCAGCAGACUACGUUCAUGAGAAUGAGGCCGGUGAAUACGAAAUCGAUGACGAGAAACAACUUGUAUCCAGUUCCCUUCGCCUUGGUCAACGUGCCAAGGGAACUUUGAACUAUACUGUCGCUUUCUACCCAACAAUCCCCGUCGUCAAUCCUGAAGACGAAGAGGAGGAAGAGGAGGAGGCUGAGGCUGAGGCCGAGGCCGAGACUGAGGCAGCUGGGUUGACGAGGAAGAGCACUGAUUCCAGACGCAAGAGCUACCACUCCAAGUCCAGGAGCGUGGACUCGAAGAUCUCCGACAAUAAGGGUGCUACCAAUGGGACCGCAGAUUUGCAGUCGAACGGACGUCCUAGCCUUGAGUCUCGCUCUGGUACUGUUAAAGACUCGGAGACGGCGUCGGUUAGGUCUAUUAAGGAGGUCCCCAAGACUUAUAUCUCUGUGGACGACCUUGCCAACCAUGAAUCCGGCUUCAUCGUGUUUAAACUUCACGAGGUCAACCUUUCGCGCAGCAACGUGCAUGUGGAAAUCAUAAUGGAUGAUUAUAUGUUCCCAGUGUGGUCAUCGCCCAAAAUCCGCACUAAGACUGCUAAGAUCGAGGACAUUGGCGAUGCGUUUGUGCGUGAACUUGAGUUCUCAAAGAUCACCCUUCGGAUUGUGGAGAAGGUCAAUGCCGACACUGAUGAUGACGAACAUAUCGUGGCCAAACUCACAGGCGACACGUUCAGUACGCUCCAGCGCAUCCUGUACACACCUACAGAGCUUGUCCUCCGAUCCACCGAUGGAGAGGUGAGCAGAGUCACAGUUAGUGCUCGAUACAUUCCUGUCACUAUGAAACUGGAUCCAUCAGAAAGCAUCAACAACAUGGGAACUCUCCGUGUGGAUGUCUUGGACGCUGCCGAUCUACCGUCUGCCGACCGCAACGGCUACAGUGAUCCGUACUGCAAAUUCCGCUUGGACGGUAAGGAAAUCUUCAAGACUAAAGUGCAGAAGAAGACCCUCCAUCCUGCCUGGAACGAGUUUUUCGAGACGCCAAUCAAGUCCCGUAUUGGUGCCAAUUUCCGCUGCGAUGUCUAUGAUUGGGACUUUGGCGACAAGGCUGAUUAUCUCGGCGGUGUGCCGAUCAACCUUGAAAUGCUGGAACCCUUCCAGGCUCAAGAGGUUUCUCUAACUCUAGACGGAAAGUCGGGCGCGAUCAGGUUGAAGCUGUUAUUCAAACCUACGUACGUCAUGCGCUCUCGCCAAGGAUCAUCUACUUUCUCCGGUACAUUUGCUACGCCCGGAAAAAUUGUUGGUGCCCCCGUCAAGGGAGUUGGAUUUGUUGGUGGCAACGUGAUCAAGGGAGCCUCGUUUUUGGGCCGCGGGAUCAUGUCAAAGAUCCGCGGAGACGAUUCUUCCAGCGACGAGGAGCAAGAACAACAGAAGGAAGUUCCGUCGGCCAUCCUGGUAGACGGGGAAACGCCUCCUAACUCUACGCCGAAGAGCGACCUUAAUCAUUCACGUACCCGCAGCGUCGCAGCAUCGCAUUACGGCGAUCGGCUCAGCAUCGGUGGCAAGGGCGAAAGCGGAACCGCCAGGAUCUCGAUUGUGUCCGCGGGCGGGUAUCCUCCGUCCGCUAAUGUCCGCGUACUUGUGCGCGCACUCGGCGCGAAAGGUGCCAAGGAAGUGCUCAAGACCAAGGCCAUCAAGAGCGGAGGCGGUCCUGUCGUAUUCGACUCCGCGAGCGAGAGCUGCCGUGUUCACAACACGACAGCCGAUGCGCAGUACCAGAUCAGAGUAGUUGACCACUCUACUUUCGGAUCCGACAACGUCCUGGGCGAGGCAGCUUUUUUCGUCGGGGACCAGGGAUCGGUUGCUGGUCAGGAGAAGACGGUGAACGUUGGCAGCGGAACGGUUGUUGUCCGGAGCAGCUUUUCGGCAGCCGGAGACAGUCUUCGGCCGGGGACAGCAUAUUCAAAUGCAGGCGACAAUGCGUCUGAGGUGACUGACAGCCCCGACUCAAAGAAGCCUCGACGUAGCUUCCUCAGCAAGCGCAGCGUCAGCGGGGCGUGAUGGCCUGGAGGGAUGAUAUUGCAUGCUUUUCAUUAUUUUGCGAUUGUGCGCGCAUCCGAUAUUGUGGGCUCCACCUGAUGCAGCUUUUUUUUGACGAGAAUGGGCGGAUGUGUUGGAUAUUGGAUAAUGACUGUUAGAUACCUUGCUUGAAGUGAAUGUUAGUCUACCGAA